CGGAAGUAAAAACAUAAGAUGACAGGUAGGCAUAGGAACUCGUGACAACUUGGUGUUUUGCUGAAGUGGCGUUUUGGAUGUCUUAAUUUAAGGACGCACACAGUAAUUCAAUACUGAUUCAUAAUGGAGGAGGGAUCAGGGUUGGAAUCUCUCAUCAACCAAAGAUUAACACGUCCAUCUUAUAGCAGAAUGGUUUCAUGGGAAUUUUCAAAUCAACAGGAGGUAAAUCCUGUGAAAAGGAAGAGAAGACGAUCAAAAAAGUAUUCAAAUGUUGAUGAGGAGGUAAAUUUUUCUGUAUCAUCAGCGGAUGAGGAUGAAAGUGAUGUGGUAAUUCAAAGCACUAAAUCACCUGGUCCAGAACUGUGCGUUUCUAGUUCAGAUGAUGACUGUUUGUACUUUUCUGCAGAAGAAACAAUAUCAUCUGAUUCAGAUAGUGUAGCCAAGAUCAAUCAAGGGCUUACCUCCCUUGAUAUAGAAGAAAUUUCAACCAAAGAUAGUGCUAGCAGUAAAGAAGACAGUAUAGCUCUCAGUCAGCCACCUCAGGAAAAGAAACAUGCUCCUAGCAAAAAGCAGAAACGUAAAAGACGAAAGUCUAAGAAUUCUUAUGUUUUGCAUGCAGGGGAAAUCUUAUCGGUGAUGGAAAUUGACAUUGAGCCAGACAUCAUUGGUGAAACCCACGAAUUGGUGGAAGAAAGUCUUGCCUGCAUAGAGAAGGCAGUUCCUUCUUUAGUUGAACUUUGUUUAAAUUGCACACGCAGAAGAAAAGUGAAUGUACAGCUUCCAAAAGGACUUAAGAACAUGGUGCAACAUACUAACAAAGAAUUAACUUUCCGAAAAUUUCAAGUGUCAUGGUUACAGAACGAAUUUUCUAUAUGGCAGCCAUUUGAAAAGAAGAAGUCCGAACUAUUCUAUGCCAUCUACUCUGACAGUGAUGAUUGGGGGUGUGAUCCAAUAUACAAAUGUCUUUUACCUACUAGAAAUAUAUGGAAUAACGUGUUUUAUCCACAGUAUUUGUCCUCUCAUUAUCAAUCUCAAUAUUCCGGCAGUAAAACUUCCUCCAUCUUGCCAUUCACAUUUGCUACAAUACCCUAUUGUUGGCAAGAUAAUAAUGGCUGCUACCGAAUUGUCUUCCAGCAAAGGUUCCUUGGAUGUUUAGCCACACUUGUAGAUCUAAUGAUGCCUGCUGUAUUGAUUGAUAGAAAUGUUGGAGACAGUGAUGAGUGCAAAUCAGAGUCAGAGCAAAUCUUGGCAGCUACCAAAAUAGCCAUGAGGAGAGUGAAAGGGGCUCUAAAUAUCAGGUUUCGUGAUAUAUCUGACAUUUUCUUCGACAAGAUCAUUCCAUAUGUAUUCUGGGCUCGUGGAGAUCUUCAUCAAGCAUCAACACUCUUUACCAAACUCAUUGAGGGGGAUAAACGCAGUCGCUUUCGUGCCAUGUGUAUGAUAGAAAUAGCACGCAUGCAUGCCCAGUUAGGGGAACCAGAGGUGGCGUGUCGGUUCUACAGAAUGGCAUCUGAUAUUGCCUUGGAGAAAGGCAAGGCAACAAAACAUGACAAAGAGGUGUUUGGACAGACACUGAUGUUACAGGCCAGCGUGUAUGACCAAGGUAUGAUGACCCUUAGCAAGGCAAGAACAGCUGCUGAUUAUUGGAAGUAUGUUGUGACUUCCGGAACAUUCAAUCAGGGAGCAGCCAAUAUGGCCGCCAUCUCCAUAUUGUGUUUUCACUCUAGACCAGGCAGUGAUACAGAGCCUUCCAGUUUUGUGGAUGCCAGGAGUAGACUGGAGGCGAUGGUCCAGGUAUGCCCUAGAUACCUGUACUAUAUAAGUAUGUUACAAGCUUUGGCUGGGCAGGAAUCUGACACAGAUAAUACCUACAGGACAUUCAUUCAGAGAGCAAAUGCAGAUGGAAACCAUGAUGCACCAGGUCUGAUAAUGACCUCGAGCGUGUCAUCCAGUUCAGGAAGCCGUAGAAAGCGCCAAAAUAUCUGGCAAAAUCUAUCAGCUAUGGUUACAAAAUCUGGACCACCCCAGCCUCUCCAUGUUCUAUGGAGGUCCCAUCUACAGCCCCUUAGGGUCUGUGAUCCAACCAGUGAGAUUCCACCAACAGAGGCAGACCUUUGCUGUGACAAUCUUGACCUUCGGUUGAAUUCCCAAGGUUAUUUGACUGGAAACAUGAAAUUGUUGCUACCACCAAUGCGGAGUAUAAACUUGGACCCCUACACAGGAAAGCUGUGUUUCCCUCAGACCCCAGGUAGGACUGAACCCUGGACUUCAUUGGACAGAUUCUCUGACAUUCAUGGGGGUCAUGAGGUAUUUGAUAACGCACAUAUACCUUGUCCUCUGGAGGUGUAUCGACACGAAGAUGGCACUACAGUGCAGAUGAUGCUUCUUUCCCCUUUGAAGGAAUCUGGCAACGCCCACCACGGAAAUAAACAAGAAACUGUCACUUUAUUCUGGUCCAAAGAUCAAACUGCUAAGCUUAGUUUGCUGAAGAUAUUUUGGCAGUUGGUAUAUGAAAAAAUGAUCCUGAGAAUCAAGAGGAAUGCACUCAAGUGGAAGAAGUCAGAACAAUGGCAGAAAGACUGUCUGAAAGUGUUGAAGCAUUGUCUGGAUACAAAGAUUGAGAUAGAUUAUGAUUGGAUUGUUAAAAGAGUGGAGGAACGACAAAAGAAUUCCAAAACGUCACUGAUGAAAAUGCUGAUGUUAAGAAAGCAUCAUCUUUCACCAGAUCUGUGUUGGGACGUUAAAAAGAUUUCAUAUGGGAAGACACUGGCUUUGAGUUUUUCAUUCUGCCUGGAGAAUAUUUCAGUGUUCGUCGACUGUAGCAGUAGAGAGGCUUUCCUACAACCAGAGAUCAUGAUCGAGUCCAGCGAUACACAAUUUCCAAAUAUUCCAAACAGCAAAAACCACAAACUGAUUGGCGCUGAAAUAUUUUACUACCAUGGGCCACGUGAUUAUGAAAAUGAUAGUCGAUGUGUAAGAAUAUGUGGACAGAAAGGCAAAAUUUUGGAGGAGAUCCAAAUGGAAGACGAUGGAAAUGGGGAUCAUGUUCCUUACGUCAUUGGCAGUAGCCUGUUGAUCAUCACAUACCGGAGCAGGUUGUGGUGUUGGAAUGACAAUAAAAUCAAGGUCGAUGAAACUCUUCCUGGGCUGCAAAACAUCAUACCCACAGAGUCUUCUGUUGUCAUGGUGACCCUGAGAGACAGAGAUGCUGUUAGAUUUGUCAAUACUCCAUCCCUGGAGAGUGUACCAGUCAGAGCUAGCUGUGAUAUAAUGGAAAGACUAAAGAUCACAGAGGAUGGCUUCGAGAUCAAAGCUACCAAAGCGAACUUGAAAGUUCUGACCACUCGUUCCGGGACCGAAAAUGGUCACUCCUUCCAAGAGGUCGUCCUUGGGCUGGACGUCAACUUAGUAACCUUGCAUAUACUACAGAAUGAUAAGAGAUCCGCAGAGGUUGUUAUCAAAGAAGUCUUACCAAUUCCAGGAUUACCAAUAGAACACUGUUUUGUAGGGAAGAGAGAUGGAUGCUUGGUAUCGUGGACACAGCAGGACGAAGCGGCUAAGGAGUACAAAGAGAAUUUAUUCUACUUCAGUAAAGACUCGGAACUCCUCGGUGUUCUACCAUGUCUUGGCAAAGGUCCAAGAUCAUUCUUUCCAUUAUAUUUGCCCGGAGAUUCAGACACACAGAAAGACUACCCUGGCUAUGGUUUACCUGGUUGGUAUGUGUACAUGAGGGAUGGACAUGAUGGGAUCAUCGCGGUGAAACUUCCCACUUGUUAGAGGACUGACUCAUAUCUCUCUAGUGUAAAGUAGAUGUUUCACAAAUCAAAGAGAUUCCUACAAACCUUGGUCAUAUCGUGGAAACAAUAUAUUGGCAAGAUUAGGAAACUACAGCAUUACACUAACUGUAUAUAUAUUGAGUUAGAUACAGCAGAGCCAGAAUGAAUUAAAUUGCACCAUACAGGUGUUUUGUCCAUCUGGGACUUUUCAGUGAUGCUAAGAUCCAUAAUCAAAUAAAUAUCAUAAUUUUCCAUGAUGGAUUUUUAAAAGAAUGUGAAGCAAUCUGAUGAAAAUCAGCUGUUACAUGGCAACAUUUAGUAUGUACUAUGACUGAACAGCUUAAGGUUCUCUGAUAAGCCUUGUUGCUAACCAAAGGCUUUGGAAAGCUCAUCUCUGAUUGGCUUAUAUAUAAUGUGCAUUCUUUUUCAAGGGGUCACCUGAAAGUGACCCUGAUCGGAGCACCUUCAGAUGUUCAGACGUAGUACGUUGUAAACGUAGCCAUGAAAACAACUGAUUUUAUGAUUUUUUGAAAGUACAAAUUUUAAAGUAUGCAUGUAUACAUGAAUUGUGUAUAUUCUGAGCCAUGUCACUAUUCAAAUGAAUUAAAAUGUGACAAGCAGGUUACGAUAAAUUGCGUGACUGAAAUAUCCACCAUCAGUUUCUAGGCAUCAUCUGAAAUCUCUAAAGAUUGUACAAAAGACACACCAGAUAUUAGAUCUGUUAAAAACAAAUUGAAAGUUUUAGCAAAAUUGAAUUAAACUGCAUAAAUAAUGAACCAGAACCAGGAAAGAGAUAUUUGUUGAUGCUGGGCAAGGUUUUGUUAAGUGAUAAUCAAGCCAUACACUACCAAACUAGUCACCAUUAACUGGCAAUGAAAAACCCAUGAAUACAAACCAUUAAUUAGCCAUGACUACCAACCAUCAAUUUGCCAUUAAAACAUGCAAUAUUAAUGGUGUCUUUAAAGGAAAUAUUAAUGGGUAACCCAUUAAAUCAAUUGAUGGUGAUGGGCAUAAAAUGUUAACAUUAAUGGCCAUAACAUUAGCCAUUAAUAGAAAUAUUAUGGCCAUUAAAGGGAUUUGUUCUUAAUGGCUUUUUAAUGGCAAGUAAAAUUGGUUUAAUAGGCAUUAGUACUACCAUAUCCGGUUAUUGACCAUUAAAACGUCAAAUAUUAAUGGCCAUUAAGUUAUGUCCAAUAUUAAUGGCCACAUUUAAUGGGUAUUUGUAAAGAUGAAUUUUUUUAAUGGCGAUUACUGCAAUGAUAGUUGAUUCUGAAUGUUAAUGGCCAUUAAAUCUAUUUCUUAAUGGUCUGCAUUUGUUUCAUGAAUGCCCAUUAAUAUUCUUUUAAUGGCCUGAAUGCCCAUUAUAAAUUCAAUCAAAGCUAUAAUCUAAUUAAAGAUAGAUAAUUACAAAAAAAAAAAAAAACCCCAUUACCAUGUGAUCAUAUGCACAUAUAUGUACAUAAGUGUCUGGAAGCAAGAAAUUUAGUUCAAACAUACUGAAAACGAUAUAUAUGCUAGUGGAGUAAUUGAUUGAAGAUGGGAAGUCAAAUAUUGAUUUCAGUGCGUGAUAUAUAGUUUUGUAGCAACACUUUCCCUUGAUGUUGCAUUUAUUGAUACUUUUUUAUUUUUUGGUCAUUCAUUUCAUUAAAAUUGUGAUUACAUGUAUUGCAUUUUUGUAUAUUUUAUGAUAACUUUGCGGAUGUCAUUGAUACAUAUAUAUGCACCAAUACACAGUGCAAUAGGGAAAGUUUCAGUUACUUAUAUAACAUGCAAUGUACAUUUUGUGUUUGAUCAUAAUAUACUACAUAACAUUAUUUUGAUGUUGCAGGUGUCAAGAUACUUUGCCUUUUCCAGUCACAACUGAAUUUCUCAAAGAAUGGCGUUGUAAUAUUUAAAAAAAAAAUUAUCAAGCAUCAACAAUCUUGAAAUUUUCAAAAUAUUUUUGAAAAAUUUUGAAAGUAUUAUGAUCAGAAACAGGUACAUAUAUAUAUUGCCAGUUAACUGGCAUGGCAAUGGAAGAAAAUUAAAGCAAAAACAAUAUUUCAAUGUAAAAAAUAUUUUAUAAGAUAUUAAAAAAAAAAUGCAAAGUACACAACUAUAGGUAUAAGAUCUGAGAAAGAUCCAAAGUGAAAUAGUUCCUGAGAACUUGUAGUAUCAAGAUUUCUCCUGAUCAUGACAGAUCAGACAUAUAUCUAUAACCUAAAAUACAUGGCCAUUUGAUGUAAUUGAAAAACUUAUUUCAGUGAUGGGUCAUUUCACCUGUCUUAUAUACAUUUGUAUAUGGUCAUCUAUGCAAAAAUUAAAAAAAAUGUCUUUGUUCUACUUUUUAACAUUCCAUUACAAUGUACUUGAUCAAAACAAAACAAAAAAACUCUCUACACAAGACUAUAUCAUUAUUUUUGAAGCAAACAUUUAACAUAGAAUCUGAUAGCAUUAAUGACAAAAGAAAUCUGUUUGAAAUUUCUUACUUUUGGGGAAGAACUGAUGCAAAUUAUUUUUUUUCAUCCAAGAUAACAAAAAUACUGUAUAUUUGACCACUAAGACAAUAUAAGAAUUUUUCAAUUUGGUAAAAAAUGUGCGGGUACCUCUUUAAAACGGUAAAUAUUUCUUGAGAAUUAAUCAAAAACAAAAGAUCCCACUCCAGAGGUAUAUUAUCAUUAUCCAUGUCCAAUUCUUAAGCCACUUUAACCAAAAAAACAUGUGCAAAAUAUUUUGAUAAUGCCAGAUACUUCACCACAGCUGUUUUCAGUUCUGCAAUGAAUUGUUUUUGGUUGUCAAUCUUAAUACUGUAGUUCUUUUGCCCUGUAAUUUUGUAUGAAUUUCUUGGUGGCUCCCAUAAGUCUGGGUUUUCCUGAACAUCCCUUGGGUUGAUAGUAAUCAUUGCAUUUUCUAUCUGACCAUCUGAAGAACUAAGUUUGAAAUUUGAUCCUUUCACAUCCAUGAUUUGUACUAUUGGUUUUUUACAACUCAAGACUUUGUUGUUAGAAUCCAAUAGGAUUCCAACAUAAACUUCUCCAGCUGUCCACUCCAUUAAUACAAGCUUAACAUCACUUUCUUCACUUUCAGGUGCUACUGUUGCAUUGUUCUUUCCCUGAAGUUUUGUUUCCAUCAUCUUUAGGUUUUCUUCGUUGUUUCCUUUUUUCUGAACUUUUUUUAUCAUGCUGUCUUUAUUGUCAAGCAACUGCAGUCUGUCCUUUCUCCAUUGAAAUUUUUGAUGAAUAUUGAUAUCAGCAAAAGAACCGUCACCAUCAUCAAGCUGAAUAGAAGAAAGAUCUCCAGUUUGGUGGUUUUUUGACAAAAGGCAAACUUAGACUUGGGAUCCAUUAGAAAUUUCACUAGAAAAUAAUGGCCGCACAACUUUUUUGGCAUUUGAUUUCUUUCAAUAUUUUCCAUCACUAUCAACACCUUUUGGCGAAUUCUGGGAUUUGGAGAUCUUUUGUCCCAAUACAGGGGUUGAUUUCUUAUGCAUAAGAUGUUUCGGUGAUUUGGAAGGUUUUGUCGUUAUAUGUCCUGCAACAGCCUUAAGCUUAGGCCUUGGUGAUUUCUUACUUGACCGCUUUCCCAGGGCUUUGUCUUGUUGGUACUUCCUCCUGUUCUGAAGGUGCUGUCCCAGCCAUUCCACACUUCACAUUUGCUGGGGCAAUUCUUUGAAUAUAUUUCAAAGACAGCUUCUGUAAUGGGUUUGCCAUGGGAUAUUGAUGGCUUGGUAGUUUAGAAGUGAUAGGCAUUAUAUUAUUUUAAUAAAUUUAUAAUAACUUGUAUUGUAUUUGUCAAUCAUUAUAUUCUUGCUACAUAAAACAUUCUUGAUAUGUGAAUUCUUUAAAGAAAAUUGUAACUUAUGUUUAAGUAAUUAUAUUGUUGCUACAUACAGCUUAAUUUAUGUUGGAAUAAAAAAUUAUUUAGAACUGUGCAUUUUAGAUAUAAUGAUGGAGUGAAAGAAGAACAAACAAUGUAAAAGACAGAAGUGAUAGAUACAUGUGCAAUACAGAGAGAAUCUGCGAGCUUUUACUGAAUCCCCACAUGGUCCUAAAGGUUGGCAUCUAUGGCCUAACAUGGGAUUAUAAGUUGUUGUUUGUUGCCAAAAGCGGGUCUAAAGUGUGUUGUACAUUGUCUAGAGCAAGCCUAUAUGUUUACUUCAUAUAGGCUAUUAUUUUAUAAGUAACCUGUAGAUUGUUGGUCAGUGCCAAGGGCUGGCCUAUAUGUUAUUGGUUAGUACCUAGAGCUGGCCUAUAUGUUAUUGGUCAGUGCCUAGAGCUGGCCUAUAUGUUGUUGGUCAGUGCCAAGAGCUGGCCUAUAUGUUAUUGGUUAGUACCUAGAGCUGGCCUAUAUGUUAUUGGUUAGUACCUAGAGCUGGCCUAUAUGUUAUUAGUCAGUACCUAGAGCUGGCCUAUAUGUUAUUGGUCAGUGCCUAGAGCUGGCCUAUAUGUUAUUGGUCAGUACCUAGAGCUGGCCUAUAUGUUAUUAGUCAGUACCUAGAGCUGGCAUAUAUGUUAUUGGUCAGUGCCUAGAGCUGGCCUAUAUGUUAUUGGUCAGUGCCUAGAGCUGGCCUAUAUGUUGUUGGUCAGUGCCUAGAACUGGCCUAUAUGUUGUUGGUCAGUGCCUAGAGCUGGCCUAUAGGUUAUUGGUCAGUGCCUAGAGCUGGCCUAUAUGUUAUUGGUCAGUACCUAGAGCUGGCCUAUAUGUUGUUGGUCAGUGCCUAGAACUGGCCUAUAGGUUUGUUGGUCAGUGCCUAGAGCUGGCCUAUAGGUUAUUGGUCAGUGCCUAGAGCUGGCCUAUAUGUUGUUGGUCAGUGCCUAGAGCUGGUCUAUAUGUUGUUGGUCAGUGCCUAGAGCUGGCCUAUAGGUUAUUGGUCAGUACCUAGAGCUGGCCUAUAUGUUAUUGGUCAGUGCCUAGAGCUGGCCUAUAUGUUAUUGGUCAGUGCCUAGAGCUGGCCUAUAUGUUGUUGGUCAGUGCCUAGAACUGGCCUAUAGGUUGUUGGUCAGUGCCUAGAGCUGACCUAUAGGUUAUUGGUCAGUGCCUAGAGCUGGCCUAUAUGUUGUUGGUCAGUGCCUAGAGCUGGUCUAUAUGUUGUUGGUCAGUGCCUAGAGCUGGCCUAUAGGUUAUUGGUCAGUGCCUAGAGCUGGCCUAUAUGUUAUUAGUGCCUAGAGCUGGCCUAUAUGUUAUUAGUCCGUGCCUAGAGCUGGCCUAUAGAUUGUUGGUCAGUGCCUAGAGCUGGCCUAUUAGUAUUAUGUAAUUACUCUAUAUUUUUAUUUCAUUAAAAAUUGUAAUUCAGGGAAAA